GUGCGCAGAGUAGCAGUCUGCUGCAAUUUCGUCUUGCCAAGACGCGUCGUUUAUGAAAUUGUGACAUGUCUCAGACGGUGCUCGCUGCUGGCGGAGACGACAAUCCGCGAGAUGAAAUGAAAUCGUUCGGUGACGAGGGAGACGAAGCAGAAGCAGCAGAACAUCUUGACGACGAGCUCGGACUGAAACAAGAAUUAGAAAACGGCGACGACCGACUGGUUCGUGCUAUGCCGGCCGACAUGUCUGCAGUUGGAGUGAGCUAUCGAAGCGGCAUGCCCAUGUUGUAUCCUUGUCCUCCUUACCACGCGACUAACAUGGAACCUCCUUCAUCUGCACGGAUGCCUCUACGACCACCACCACUCACUGCACAGCCUCAAUCUGUCGUUGCAUCGACCUCAUACGAGCAUGGCCAAUCGUGGGUUCCUCGUGGCCAAACUGUUCCUCUUUCUGGUGGUCAGUAUAUGCCAUCUAUGAACAGUGGAUUACCUCGUCUGCAACAUCAUCCACAGCCCAGAUUUUAUGGACAGUAUCCUAUGCAGCAAGGUGGAAUGCAUGGGCAGAUGGGUAUGAUGAUGCCUUAUCAGCAACAGUUCCAACAAGGAGGGAUGGUCAUGCAACAGGCAGGAUAUCCUCCACAAGUGGUGCAACACCAACAAGGAGCUGGUAUGAUCCCCAUGUCACCCUCAGACAAUAUGACUCCCGGUCCACACGUCAAAAAACCUCUGAAUGCAUUCAUGUUGUAUAUGAAAGAGAUGAGGCAGCAUGUCGUAAAAGAAUGUACAUUAAAAGAAAGUGCUGCCAUUAAUCAAAUUUUAGGAAGAAAAUGGCACGCAUUAGACAGAUCAGAGCAAGCUAAAUAUUAUGAGAUGGCAAGAAGGGAACGUGCACUACACCAACAGUUGUUUCCUGGUUGGUCAGCAAGAGACAAUUACGCAAUAGCAAAGAAGAAAAAGAAGAAGCGAGACAAAUCACAGACAGAUGCAGCUGCCUUGAAGAAGUGUCGAGCACGAUAUGGAUUGGAUCAGCAACAGAAGUGGUGCAAGCCUUGCAGGAGAAAGAAGAAGUGCAUUCGAUUUACUCAGCUCGGUGACUGUGCAUCUGGUGAUGAGGGUCAAGGUGUUGUAGACGAACCAGUAACCACAGCCGAAGAGACAAAAGUUGAUGUUGUACAAACCAAUGGCAACGCAGUAGAGGAAGAUAGUGAACUAGGAAAACCUGUGGUCGAAGAACCUGCAGUGGAAGCUGAAAAUCAGACUGUUGAUAUAUUAGUGCUAAAAGAAGAGUAAAGGAUGUUGUACUAUAACAUGAAAACUAUUACUUCCCUACAUUGUGACUACUAUAAUUGUAAUUGUAGCCUUCAUGCUAGUAACCUCUUCCUACCAAUUUAGAGUCAUUGAAGUCGUUGCUGUUGAUUUCGAAUUUUGUAAUAAAUUUAGUUUACAUCAACAA